AUGUCUAUGGCUGUACGGUGUCGCCGAAGGGACUUGGUUCCACGAUACUCGAUAGGGCCAUACUUCGUGCGCCCCUUGGCUAUACGCAACUCACAAGAGCACAUUACACUUCAAGUACAGUUCAACAUUUACAAUUAUCCAAAUAACCACCUCUUCAAACACGCAUCUUUCCCAGGCACUUCUCUUCAGAAUCUCCAGCACGCUUUCUCAGUGACAUCAAGCAACUCCAACUUCUUUCCCAUCAAUUCAAAGGCCGCUCGACUCAGCGACCUUGCCAUACACACGGCAAUCGGCUCCUGCUCAUCACGCCAACGCAACAUCAUCGAAAUCCGACAAUGGCAAAAUCAAACCCUGCGGCUACUCGCAAUGGUGAUUGGAUAUGUACGAGCUGCCAAGCUACGAACUUCACCGCGAACUCAGAGCAGCACUGCCUAUCGUGCGGUCACUAUCAGGCCAGCUACUCUACCAGCCCAAGCGGAUAUCAGCAGUCUACACAUCUUCAUCGUGUCAUAUGAGCUGCAGCACACGGCUAUGAACGAUGGCUACGAGCUCUGGCACUGCUAUGAAUGCGACGCUGAUAAUCCGGACUGGCAUACUGAACAGUGCCCCGUGUGUGGCACUCCCAGACCAGAACAAUCGAGGAUGUCUAGCACGCCAAUGAACACUCUCGGUGGGGCUGGCUCGCCUGCUGAGGGCAUCUGGGAGUGUUCGAAUUGCGGAGCUGUCAAUUCCGCGAUGCAUUGGAACCAGUGUGGGGAGUGUGCAUUUCUCAACUAG